CGAUUCCCUGAGGCAGAGGCAGGGCUCUGAGGGCAGACAUUUCCCCUUGUCUUGGGCCUACAGCCCGGGGUGGGCCUGGAACUCAGGCCGCGGCGGGGUUAGCGAGGCGGGCUCGGGAGGAAGCUGACACCUGAUGACGGCUCAGUCCACCAUGCUCCCCAAGGCUGAUGUGUUGAGUCAAGAUGAACUACGCAAAAAGCUAUACCAGACGUUUAAGGAUCGGGGCAUACUGGACACACUCAAGACUCAACUUCGAAACCAGCUAAUUCAUGAGUUGAUGCACCCUGUAUUGAGUGGAGAACUGAAACCUCAGUCCAUUUCAGUGGAAGGGAGCACCCUUUUAAUAAAUGCCUCUAACUCUUUAGUGGCAGAUCACUUACAAAGAUGUGGCUAUGAAUAUUCACUUUCUGUUUUCUUUCCGGAAAGUGGUUUGGCAAAAGAAAAGGUAUUUACUAUGCAGGAUCUAUUACAACUCAUUAAAAUCAACCCUGCCUCUAGUCUCUACAAAUCACUGAUUUCAGAAUUUGAUAAAGAAAAUAGAAAAGGUUUUCUUAUGCAUUUUUUAAAAGAAUUGGCAGACUAUCAUCAAACUAAAGAGAUUUGUGAUACAGAAACUCAGACAAGUUCGACAUUUCCUAGCAAAUACUCCCUGGCUGAGAAGCUUCGGCUGAUUGAUGAUCAGUUUGCAGAUGCUUACCCUCAGCAUCCCCAGUUACAGUCUUUAGAAAUAAAGCUAAAUGAAUAUAAGAGAGAAAUAGAAGAGCAACUUCGUGCAGAAAUGUGUCAAAAGUUGAAGUUUUUUAAAGAAACUGAAAUAGCAAAAAUGAAAAUGGAGGAGAAAAGAAAAUAUGAGAAGGAAUUAGCUGAGUUCCGGAAUGAUUUUGAAAAAGCUUGUCAAGCAAAAUCUGAAGCUCUCAUUUAUCGGGAAAAGAAUACUCUUGAGAGAAUUCAAAAGCACCAGGAGAUGGAAACAAAAGAGAUUUAUGCUCAAAGGCAGCUUCUCCUAAAAGAUAUGGAUGUGCUAAGAGGCAGAGAAGCAGAGCUGAAGCAAAGAGUUGAAGCUUUUGAAUUGACCCAGAGACUCCAAGAAGAAAAAUAUAGAAGCAUGAAUGAGACACUUAGGAGACGGGAGCAGAAUAUAAAGAGUAUUGAGGAGACCUAUGACCAAAAGCUCAAGAAUGAACUUCUAAAGUAUCAACUUGAACUAAAGGACGACUACAUCACUAGAACUAAUAGACUGAUUGAAGAUGAAAGGAAGAAUAAAGAAAAAGCUAUUCAUUUGCAAGAGGAGCUCAUAGCUAUUAAUUCAAAAAAGGAAGACCUCAGUCAGUCUCUAAAUCGUGUGAAAGAACUUGAGCUUGAGUUAGAGUCUGUCAAAGCCCAGUCUUUGGCAAUGACAAAACAAAACCACAUGCUGAAUGAAAAGGUUAAAGAGAUGAGUGAUUAUUCACUACUAAAAGAAAAGAAACUGGAGCUUUUGUUACAGAAUAAAUUACUUAAACAACAACUGGAAGAGAGCAGAAAUGAAAACUUGCAUCUCCUAAACCGCAUAGCCCAGCCAGCUCCUGAACUUGUGGUCUUUCAGAAAGAACUAAAGAAAGCAGAAGAUGCCAUAGCAUUUGAGCAUAAGGAGUUCGAAAGCCACCGGCAAGCUCUGCAAAAACAGCUACAAAAUGAAGUUGAGCAUUCUGCACAGCUGAAGGCCCAGAUAUUAGAUUACGAUGCUUCUGUAAAGAGGUUAACUCUUCAGGUUGCCGAUUUAAAAUUACAACUAAAGCAAACUCAGACAGCCCUAGAGAAUGAAGUAUACCGCAAUCCAAAGCGGUCUCUGAUCGACCAUUCUGUCAGUGGAUUAAUAAGUGGCAAGAUGGUGCCUCACAGUGGUAAUAUAAGCAAGGAUUUCUUGAGCAAUUCUCUUGAACAGGAAAAAGUUAUGGCAACUAUAGUUGCACCGAGAAUCACAAGUUAUCCAAGUGCAGGGGCAGAGAGUAGUUCCCCUGAUUCUGACCUUGAGUUUGUAGCCGAUACUAAGGCAAGAGUCAAAGAGCUUGAGCAAGAGGCCGAACGCUUGGAAAAGGCUUUCAGAAAUUACCACCGGAGAGUCAUUCAAAACCCCACCAAAAGUCAACAACCAGCAAAGAGCCCAGCAUCUCAGCACUUGCUGGGAUCUCUCAAAAACAUCACUUCCAGUUUCCCAGAAAGACACAUUUCUGCAGAGGAUAUAGUUGUCUCUGAGCAGCCUCAGGUGGGCACACUUAAAGAGGAAAAGAGCAAUACCUCGGAAGCACUGACUGGCAGUUCAACCUCAAGGCUUCACAGGGGCACUUCCUCCAGACGCCUUUCCUCCACGCCCCUACCAGAAGCAAAAAGAAGCCUUGAAAGUGAAAUGUAUUUGGAAGGUUUGGGCAGAUCACCUGUUUCUUCCCCUAGUCAUCCUGACAGAAUGGCCCAGCCGGCACCUGCUGAGUCUAGGCACGGCGUCCCCAGUCCUCCUUUCUCCAGUCCUACCAAGGAGAAGGCCGGUCUUCCUCAGAGACAAAUUGAACUUCAAGACAAAAGUGAAUUUUCAAAUCUGGACAAGCUAGCUUUUAAGGAUAAUGAGGAAUUUGAGUCAUCUUUGGAAUAUGCAGGGAACAUGCCAAACCAGGUGGAAAUGGACAGGCUCUAUCCUGCUGGCGAUAUGCCCCAUGUCGAUGCUGCUAUAGCUGCUAUGCCUACCGGACACAUCUCUUAUCAACAGUCAAGUGUAGGUCAGAAACAAAUUGAAGAACAAAAGGAAGAAGAAAAAGUAUGGGAACAGCAAGUGAAAGAACGGAGGCAGAGAGAAGAAAGAAGGCAGAGUGACCUACAAGAAGCUUUAGAAAGAGAACGAAGAGAACUGGAAAAACAGGAUCAAGAAAGGAGGAUGAUUGAAGAGUCAUUGAAGGUUGAAAUGGAAGAAGAAUUAGAAAUGAGUAAUCGAGAAAGGAAAGACAAAUCUGCUCACGGCGAAAAUCCUUUAGAGAAAUACAUGAAACUCAUCCGGCAGGGGCAAGACCAGAAGUCGUCAGAGAAGAGCUUAAAACAUAUGGUCAGAGAAGGCUCUCCAGUGGACACACUGCCAUCUAUUGACAGGGAUGAAAGUUUCACAGGCUUUUCUCAUGAAGAACCAGAUGACUCUUGGUAAUGUUUGCUGCCCAGCUUCUUACAUACAACAGUGAAAAGUUACAUAACAUUUAAUCCUUUGUAAAUGUUUCUCUGCAAUCAGACAGCAUUCUCAAUAAAAAUGUUAUGUAUCAAUAAGA